CGAGACAAAGACGACGGAGACCCGGUAACUCGAUCCAGUCAACUCUUGGUGUUGCAAUCGACGCUGAGGCUCUCAUGCUUUUAACACGUUCAGGAUUCCAGGAAGUCGUCAAGGGCGGGCUGGAAUCGUCGCAUCCAGAUGAUAAAUCGGUCAACGUCAACCCCCUUCGCCCUUUUCUCUCACUCGCCGGAUAGAUGACGAGGGAUAAACGGGGAUUGGGUUCGGAUACCAGCGAGAAGGACGAUUUGCACCCCGAGAACAAGCGGCUUAAGGUCCCCGCACUUGCGAGAGUAAUCAUCGAAGCCUUGCAAAUGGAUGGUCUGCAGAGAAUUUGUUCAUCACUGGAGCCCAUCAUUCGUAUAGUUGUCAGCGAAGAAGUGGAGCGAGCUCUAGCAAAGUUGGGUGCUGUUAGGAAUGGGGAAAGGUGUUUGCCCAAACAAAUCGAAGGGCCUGAUGGAAGAAAUCUGCAGCUCCAUUUCACCACUAGGCUAUCCCUUCCUAUUAUUACUGGAGGAGAAAUAGAAGGGGAGGAUGGAGCAAUUAUUCAUAUAGUUUUGGUUGAUGCAAACACUGGCUGUGUUGUGAACUCAGGACCUGAGGCAUCUGCAAAAUUAGAUGUUUUAGUUCUUGAUGGUGAUUUUAACUUUGAAGAUAAUGAUAAUUGGACAGAAGAUGAAUUUAAGAGGCAUAUAGUCAAAGAACGCAAAGGAAAGAGACCACUUCUGACAGGAGACUUGCAGGUUUCUCUGAAAGAAGGUGUGGGUACCCUCGGAAAGCUUAACUUUACUGAUAAUUCUUGUUGGAUCCGGAGUAGAACAUUCAGGCUUGCCUUGAAGAUUGCCGCAGGCUGCUGCAAGGGUACUCGUGUACGCGAAGCAAAGACAGAAGCAUUCAUGGUUAAGGAACGCAGAGGUCAAUUACACAAGAAACACCAUCCUCCUGCUUUAGGAGAUGAAAUUUGGAGAUUGGAAAACAUUGCUAAGGAUGGUUCAUUUCACAAUAAGUUGAAUACAAGUGGAAUUCGAACUGUUGAAGAUUUCCUAAAGUUUGUUGCUAGAGAUGCACAAGGACUGCGUGAUAUGCUUGGAAGCAGUAUGUCAGAUAAGAUGUGGAGAAAACUUGUGGAGCAUGCAAACACUUCUGUUUUAGGUGGAAAAUAUCAUGUAUGCUAUUUGGAUGAGACAAGAAAUGUUGGUGCUGUUUUCAAUGAUAGAUAUGUGUUUUGUGGCCUAAUUGAUGGGGGGCAGUUCAAAUCAACAGAAUGCCUUAUCGAUGGUCGUCAGAAGGAUUUGGCAGAUAAGUUGGUCAAGAAGGCAUAUGACAAUUGGGCAGCUGUUAUCAUAUAUGAUGGUAAAGACCUUCUAAAGGUUACAGAAAGUGAGACGGCGUCUGCUUCACAAAAAGAACCUCUGUUGCCUUCAGCAGAUUGUUCUUCUUCAUAUGAUCUGCAAGUCUCUCAGAUUCCUAAUCCAGAGCAGUGUCCAGUUAUCAGAGAUGCAGUAGCAGAAGGUGUUUCCACAGAAGACAACACUGGUCUUCAGCCAUUCAACCAGACUGAACAACGUCCAGAUGCAAGUAUCAACCACGACUGGCCUCAACCGGAUGCCCACUCUACAGAUGACUUCCCAGAUUUUAUUCGCUCGAUAAGCCAGCCAUUGUUCGAGGACAUAUUUCAUUCACUUGAUGAUAUCUGCACGGGUGGAGCUUCCACAAGCCUCCAUGGUGGAUUUGACUUCUCAUCGUGCACGCCUUUGUGGUCGCCUGAAUUCAACUUGGACCAUUAUCAGAACAGCACAUCCGGUAGAGCUGUUGGGUGGCUUAAGAUCACUAAGAUCGCUGCAGCUAUAAGAUGGGCACUUUUCAUCCGCAAGAAGGCUGCUGACAGGAGAAAAGCUAAGCUUGUUGAGCUAGAACAGUAGCAUAAUUAAUGUGUAUCAUAAUUGUGAAACUGGUCAUUUGGUACUGCUUCCAAGCUAUAUUAUUCGGAUACAUGCAUGAUCAUGAAUUAGCUUCUCAGUUCCAGGAUAAACAUCAGUUAGGUCAUCAACCAAGAUGCUUAAAGUUGUCAUGGGACCAGUUCAAAUAAUGAUAAUCUUGUGUUGUUUGAGUUCUUUUAAAUA